GUCCGACAGGCUAUUCUCAACCGGGUCUGUUGACUUACUGAAUACUGAAGACGUUGUCUGUGUACACAAGAGUCGCACAGACAGUACUAGUACUAGUCGAGACUACGCCAUCAGAACGUCCAGCAUGAGUUACCCACCACCAGGAGGCGCAGGCUAUCCCCCCGCCGGCCCAGGCUACCCACCCGCGGGAGGGCCCGGGUAUUCGCCCGGUGGAGGGGCAGGGUACCCGCCGGGUGGAGGGGCAGCGUUUCCCGGUGCGUACCCACCGCAACCAAACGUAGGGCAGCAGCAACCUCCCAUGCCGGGGUUCAACCCGCCCGCCACGGGCGCACCGGGAUACCCACCGAUGCCAGGCGGGGGGUUUCCACCUGCAGGCCCGACGGGGUACCCGGGAGCGCCCGGUGGUUACCCCGGGGCCGGGCCACAGCCGCCAGGCGGGCCGGGGUUCCCUACACCCGGCCCGACGCAGCCGCCAGGAGCGCCCGGUUACCCUGGGUACGGGGCGGCCCCAUACCCCGGGGGAGCGCCAGGAUAUCCCGGGGGUUACCCAGGGGGUGCCCCGACCCUCUCCCCUGAAACCUACGGUCUACCUCCGGACUUCUACGGCCCCGAUCCCCCCAUGGACUACGGAGACGACAUACCGACGAUAAUGCAGAGAGCGUCACCCGAAGAGCAGCAGACGCUGGGGAAACUGAUGGAUCUGAACCACGUUUUAGAACGAGCAGACAGAGGAGAACAACACCAGCAUUACCAACAUGGCAAGAGAAGCAGGUAUCAUGACCAGGAGUAUGACGAUCCUCACGGCAUCACGGACAGACUGACAGACCUGGCCACGCCAGGGAACAUCAACACGCUCAGGAAAUACGGACUGCUCAAGAAACUCGGGCCGCUCGGACUGGUCAUGGGUUCCAUGGCGUACGCAGGAGGCGGGAAACAUCACGGUGGACAUGGACACCAUGGAGGGCACGGCAACCAGGUGUUAGGGAUGCUGGGCGGCCACGGCGGCGGCCAUCACGGUGGACAUAAGAAGGGAGGGUUCAACCUGGGGUCCCUGGCGAGUCUGGGCAUGGGUGCGCUGGGGAAGGGAGGUCAUGGGCAAGGUCACCACAAGAAGGGUAAAAUGGGAAUGCUGCAGAGUCUGGGAGGGCUGCUAGGGGGCGGGGGUCACCAUGGCGGACAACAUGGAAGCUACGGAGGCCAAUAUGGCGGCCAAUACGGAGGCCAACAUGGCGGAUAUGGCGGCUACGGAGGUCACCAUGGAGGUCACGGUCAGCCUCGUUUCGAUUUGAGUGACGGAUUCGGCAUGGAGGAUGUCAAAGCCUUGGCAAAUAUGGCUUCUGGUAAGCGCGGCUAUUGAGAGAAGGAUAUGAGAGCCAGGGCGAGAAGACAGAAAGGAAGAUAGGGUGUUUAUACGUCGUGACGUAGACACAAACGUAGUACUAUAGUAAUAGAUACCACCACCGCCAUGUUGGUUUAUGGGAUGGAUCCAACAUGGCGACGAUCAAAAAUGGCGACCUUCGGAUCAUACAGCAAACGAUCUCUUAGAAAUCCAAUACCCUUAUUGAAUUGAGUUAAAAUAAAUCGUGCACUGUUGUCUGUUUUCACAAAAUGACGUCAUACAUGGACCUAGCUUUUAUCCUAAUCACGUGACUGUAAACACCUUAUACUCACUGAGGAAGGAACCGCCACUGAAGAUAUCCUGUUACUUGUAAAAAGAAUGGAAACUAAAUUUAUAUUACUGUAUGGAAAUGUCUAAUAACAUAUCAGAACUGCUAGGACGUAUAUCGUUUUAUGAUAUGAUACUUUUAAGGCUGUGUCAGUUCUUGUUUUUGAUAUGUAAGUAAAGCAUUUUGUAGAGAUAUAGUAUAUAUUUGGGGUCCUCAGUGAAACACAUGUGUAUCAUCAAGCUGUCCCUGAGAAUGGAACUGUACAACAUGAUACAAGGAGCUUUAAAAUGAUUUUAAAGGACGAAUUUGACCACG